CAACACAUAUAUCGCUGGAAAUUUACUUGGAAUAAUGGAUUCUAAAUUCUAUAUUAAUCAGCGAUUAUCAUACGAUGGUCACUUAUGCAACGUCCGCUACGUGGGAAGUGUCCAAGGCACCGCAGGCGAAUGGUUGGGUGUGGAAUGGGACGACCCGACACGAGGGAAGCACUCUGGAGAGCAUAAAGGAGUGAGAUAUUUCAAAUGCAAGAGCAAACAGUCCACGGCUGGGUCAUUUGUGCGUCCAUCUCGACCGACAGACCAACCUCGAGGCUUCCUCGAGGCACUGCAUGAGAAAUACGCCUUGGAAUUUGAACAAGGCGAUCUCGCCCAGCAAGAUUUAAUUGAAAUCAGCGGCAAAGUUGUAGAGGAAGUUGGCUUCGACAAGAUCCGGAAGAAGCUUGCAGAGCUGCAUGAGCUGAAGAUCGUGAUUCUGGAUGGAUUCUGUAUCGCUGGCAUUCUUGCUCAUGAAGAUGAAGAGCAACGAGAUGGCGCCUGUAAGGAGAUCGGCCGGACUUGUCCCAAAAUCACCGAGCUUGAUCUCAGCCGGAACUUACUGACUCGCUGGGUUGAUGUAAUGGAUAUAUGCGGUCAACUCAAGCAGCUCAAGCAGUUGAAGUUGAUUGGAAACCGGCUUGGGCCUGUUGAGGAAGGGUUGAGAUUCGAAGGAAUAACUGACCUUCACAUUGAUGAAACUCUUCUUUCUUGGGAUGAGAUAUCUGCCUUGACAUACCAGUUUCCAUCACUUAAUUCAUUAUCGGCUUCCGCAAACCAGAUCUCGACGAUCUCGACGCCGAUAUCAGAAACCAUCACCAAACUUGUAAUUGGCGAUAACGAAAUAUCCUCGUUGUCUUCACUUAAACAUCUUACAGCACUUCCUAAACUUGAGCGUCUUUCUCUAAGAGGGAGCUGCAUCAGCACAGUCUAUGAAGCUGGUGUAGCUCAUGGCCCUAUCCAAUUCCCACAGAGUCUCAAGUUCGUCGACAUAUCUUGCAACCUAAUCAACUCAUGGUCUUUUAUAAAUGAAAUUCCUGCAGCAUUCCCUGGUUUAAAAAGUCUUCGGAUAUCUGGCAAUCCCCUUUUCGACCAGCCCGUGGGCCCUUCGGCCAUCACGAAUCUCCCAGAGAAGCCAAUGACGGUGGACGAAGCAUACAUGCUGACCCUCGCCCGGUUGUCUUCUCUACAACUUCUCAACUACGGUAAGAUCUCUCUGCAAGAUCGAAGCAAUGGAGAACUGUAUUAUCUUUCUCUCAUUGCCAAGGAGCUUUCCGCACACCCAGAGGCUGCAGAACGGGAAAUUCUAGCAGCCCAUCCCCGUUACAAGGAGCUUUGUGAGACAUAUGGAGAGCCUAUUAUUAAGAGAGCAUCCGGCCCGACCAAGAAUGGUGCUUCGGUGAACCCGCGAUCUGUUGCGGCUCGAUUAAUGAAGAUGGAAUUCCACUUGCCAUUAGCAUCGUCUUCUGACGGUCGCCCUCAAGAAGGAGAGACUGUUAAAGUGAAAGAGAUCCCUCAAUCUUUUAAUACAUACCAAGUCAAGGCUAUUGUCUCGCGACUGUUCGGGCUCAUACCUUUCGAAUUCAAACUUAUCUGGGAGACAGAUGAGCUUGAUCCAGUGAGCAAAGAAAAUAAAGAUGAUGAAGAAUGGGACAGCGAUGACGACGGCAAUGAGGUUCAAUCGAGUACUAUCGCCAGUGCAGAAGCCGGCGCCCAGUUCGUGAAAAGAGAAGUGGAACUUAUAGAUUCCACAAGAGAUAUUGGUUUCUGGUUUCAAGGUGAUCUUCUCGAGGCGAAGAUCAGAAUAGAAGUAACGCCUCGUUGAUGUGGGAUUUAUGUUUAUUGAAUGAAUCACGAUGAGCUAUGUCAAUUCAAGAUAUUUACCCCUGAUAAUGUAGAACAUAGAAAUAAUAUUUACAAAAAAA